AUGGAAAACUCUAUUCAGCCCAAGUGCUGUAAACACCAUCGUUCUUUCGACAUAUGUAAUUUGGAUAAUGAUUCUUCAAUAUCAGCAAAGCUUGAUGUUCAGUGGAAUAUCAACCUCUGCACUAAAUUGCAGGCACUUAAUGAAGAUCUCACAAUACUUGGAUUGAAACCAUUUUUUCGGAAAUCCGAUUCGUUUAUCCCGACUAUUGAUCUCAAUGCCUUAACUUCUGCCUUCUCUAAGUUAUUUGAGCGCCAUAUUCAGAGUCUUAAUUCUAGAGGAGGUUUUGAUGAAGCCAUUUCUCGUAUAAAAGCAGAGCUGGAGUAUUCACGUACCAUGCAUGAACGGUGUAAGGAAGAACUGCAUUCUGUUCAGUGUUCGCUAAGCCAAUCGAAAGAACGUGAGCAUCGAAUUGAAGCAGAGAUAACAGAUCUCUCUAACCAAAUUCGCAAGCUUAAGGAUUCUAUUCGUCGACUUGAAUCAGAUUUUCAAAUUCGCAACACUCAGUUUCAGCACGAAAUCCUUAAGUUGCAGAAGGAGAACGGCACAUUGAGGGCAAGAUUUAUCAAUCAUUUGAAAAAACCCAUGGCUUCUACUCGCAGACCUCUCAUUCCUUCUCAACCUUGUACUGAAAAUACUAAGAGUGAGCUAGAUCUGGCACGAUGUACGGUGGAUCACCUGUUAGCUCGAGAAAAUGAACUCUUCCAUGAGAACCGCGACAAUGAUGGAUUUCAGGAUUUGGAGCCGGAGGAGACAUCUUUGGAUGGAUCAUCUGAAUGUGCAACUUCAAGCAGUUCUGAUGAGUCAACAUAUGAAGGCAGGUUUACACAUAACCUAUCGAUGGCCAGUAGUGGAUCGCAAAUGGGACCUGAGCUUGAGGAGAAGCUGGAAGGGUGUCGACUAAGAUCUACACAGUGCGAUGAGGAAUUGAAUAAAAGUAAUGACAAAUUAUCGGAACUAGAUUCACUUGAUAUGACUGGCGAAAUGAGUUCAACUCAGAGGGAAACGGAGACAGACCAUAGCGAGGUAUAA